UCGUACUCGUGUAUUUUCACAGCAACAAAAACAAAUGCGAGUAGUCAACCAAAUUAUAAUUUAGAUGUUUAUCAUAAGUUUAUGGAAAGCAUUUUAUUUUAUUAAAACUAUUAAAAUCAAGAUGUUGUGGAAUAGAUAAUGUAUAUAUGGCAUCCCAGGAUGUUUUCCGGUACACAAGUUACACAUCAGCCGAAUUGCAGUCGCGUUUGACAAGUGUAAGCGGGCGCCGCUAGAAAGAAGACCUUCCUGACAGGGGUGUUGUUGGUCCCGUUUCGCUUUUGUGUUUUUUCGUUUCCCUUUCAUUUCGGCGAAAAUGAAGAAGAUCGGCUUGAAAAACAAACUGGAGGGCGAUGAGCUGGACCUCAGUAUGCUCAAUUUGACCGAAGUCCCUGUCAAUGAAAUUGCAUCCCUUCCCAAGGCUACAAAGAUAGAUCUUUCCAGUAAUCAGCUAGCUUCUUUGCCACAAGACUUUGCUCCAAGACUCACACACAUUACACGUCUAGAACUUGGGUCCAAUAAGCUAAGGUCACUACCGGACAAUAUUGAUCAGCUUACAAACCUCAGACAUCUUGAUCUAUAUAAUAAUCAGUUGACAGACUUGCCAGUGGGCUUGUGUCAGUUGCGUAAUUUGCGUUGGUUGGAUUUGAAAGGUAAUCCCCUCAAUUCUGGCUUAAAAAAAGUAGCUGGGGAUUGUCUCAAUCAGAAGGAGUGUGAGUUAGCAGCGAGAAGAGUCAUAGUCUACCUGAAAAGGUUCCAUAUCCAAAUGGAGAACGAAAAAUUAGAGAGAGUAAAGAAAGAGAAAGAAAAGGAAGCCGCUCGUCAGCGUGCAGAGGAGGAGCAACAAGCAAAGAAGAGGGCAGAGAGGAAAGCAGCAAAGGAAAAGAGAAAGCAAGAACAUAAGGCUUUUAUGGAGUCUCAAAAACACCAAGCAAAUGGCAGUGCAGCUGCUGAACAGAAAUAUGUUGCCAUGCCAAAAGCAGCUCCUUCGGCUUCCAAAAACAAGAAGACUAAGUCCAAGAAGGGUGGAUCCUGGUUAGGGUGGCUCAAUGUACUUCUUUUCCUGUGUUUGGUUGGUGCAACUGGUUAUGGUUUGUAUGUAUACACAGGUGGUGAUCUUUCUCCAGAUGGAAUUAAAGCAGCUUAUCCUCGUAUUGUUGAAAAUGCUCAAGUGCUUGCAAACCUUACAGUGGAAGCCUUCCAACCAGAUAAUUUAAAAGAAACUGUACAAACAGUUUCCCAAGUUAUCAAAGACACCAGUUUUACAGCAUGGGCUAAACUUGAAGAAUAUACUGGGGACCUUAGUAUGUACACUGGUCCUGUUAUUGCAGCGAUGGCAAGAGCAUGGGUUUGGACACAGGAAAUAACCAUCUGGAUUUACAACUGGCUCGUUGAAAACAUUGAUUGGAAUUCUAUUAUUGAGGCUCUGAGGUCAGUGUGGAGAUUUGUUUAUGACCAGUGGUUAGUUUUAUGUGCAGAGUUGAGUAAAAAUAAGGCUUUCAUGUCUGGGGUUGAGGCCAUUCAAGGCUAUUCUGUUAGUGUAUGGGAAAAUCUUGGAUAUUUAUGGGUAGCAUUGUGCCAUCAGUUAUCUGUAGCAGUAGAAUAUGUACAGGAAGAAGGUCCUGGUAUACUAGCUUCUGUAAAGGAUCAAGCUACCAGUACUUUGUACAGUGCUAAGCAGUCAAUAGAGGGACUGAUAAAAUAAAUCCAGGUACAAAGUUGAUUGUAAGUCCUGUUAGAUUUUGUCAUCAUUUUUUCACUUUGAUACCAUAUACCGUAUGUUUUCAUUCCUUUUGAGUUACGGUUAGAAAUACUGUACUUUUCAUGUGUCCAAAAUUUAAAAAUUUUGAUAAAUGUACUAAUACAGCAAGCCUGUGUUUGAAGAGGUUACUUUAUUAUUUUCAUUUUUAAAAAUGCAUAUCUCCCUUUUAGGGUUAUGUUGUCAUCCAGUUAAGUCGUGUAAAUCAUGCAGUAAAAGAGCCUGUUGAUAUUUCUUACAUGGAGUUAAAAGUUUACCUUUUAAUAUUCAUAAAUUGCUGUGUAGUUGAAGCCUAUAUUUGUAUAGGUACUUGUGUCAGUCACUCCAAUGCACAUUAUCCACUUGUUACCAUAUUUGUUAAAGUUAUCAUUGAUCAGCUUAUAAUUUCACAACACAAACAUCUCCGUUUGUACUAUAUUGCGUUCUUUCAAGGACGCCAUAUAACAGUUUGAAACCAAGAAAUUUCUAAGUCUAACAUCUUGGCUUUGAUGAUUUUCCUAACAUUUAUUUCAAAUAAGUCCAUAGAUAGCGAUUUUGGGGUCGAGUGCCAUGCCAUUUGAUUUUUUCCAAGUUGGAACCCUAACACAAUGGGUGCUUUUUAGUUAGAAUGCCCUUAUUUCUUAUUAAGGCUUGAACUGUGUCUUCACUCCAGACAGUGGAAAAUUUUAUUCAACAUUUCCCAUGGAAAUUUGAAAUACAUGGCUAUAUGACUUAUUUUCUUCAGGACCAGUUAUCUGAAUAGAACAAGUACUAUUGUUAUUUACUUGUAUUUGCAUACGACUUCAGGAAUAAUGUGGUUUUCCGUUUUGUUUUGUGUGUUGAAACAAUUUAUGGGAGUAACCAGAAUGUGUUAUUCAGAACUGAAUAUUAUGUUCAAUGAGCCGUUUCUAAUUUUACAAAAGUAAAUUGGAAACAAAACAUGGCUUUUUGUUGUCAUCAGCUGAUGACGUAAUCUGUAUAUUAUGCAGUUAAUAAUUAAUAGUUCAGUAUUUUAAUCUGUGAUUUACCAGGGUCUGGUCCAGUUAGAUUCAUCGAAUAACCUAACUGAAAUUCAAUGGUUGAAAGCUGUGUAUCAAAUUUUUAAUUCUGAAAAAAAUGUUCAAAGUUGAAAGUAUCAGAUGGAAUUUGUUCUAUAAUUUCUUUUAUGCUCAAGAAUGAAUUAAAUUUGUAUACAGUGGUUUCAUUGAUGGUUACUAAAUAUUCCAUGCUGGUAUUGGGAUGGUAUACAGGGCUGUUUGUAUAGUACCUGUUAUGUUAUUAAAUAUCCUUUGAAUAA